AUGUUAGAAAAUAAACCUUUGUUCCCUACAUCUAAUCUCCCAUUUCAACCAUUCAAUCCUCCACCAUACUAUCAAAUUCCUCCAAACUUCUAUCCUCCAAAUUUUCAAGCAUUCGGAAGUUUAUCAUCUCCUCAAUUCAUGAUGCAAGCCACUGAAGCAAUGGACACCCCACAAUACUGCACACCUAUCAAUUUAGCAGAUGAUGAUGUUCCUGACAAUACAAAAAAUAAAGAUACGAGGAAGGUGUGGAGCUGGACCGAAGACGAACUUCUAAUCAGUGCAUGGCUAAACACAAGUAAAGAUUCCUUAACCAACACUGACCAACCAAGUAGUGCUUUCUGGAAACGAAUCGCAUCUUACUACAUGGAGAACAGGCCCGAAAGUGCAACGAGCAGGGGUGUUACUCAAUGUAAAAAUCGUUGGAGUAAGAUAUGUAAGGUUGUGCAAAAGUUUGUUGGGUGUUAUGAGGAGGCUAAUCGAAACAUUCGCAAUCGAAAAGCAAGCAAGGAUGUCCUUAAUGCAGCAAAAAAGAUAUAUUCAAAUGACAGUGAGAAAAAAAGCUUCGUCCAUGAAGAUGCUUGGCGUAUACUCAGAAAUGAGCUCAAAUGGAAGACCAGUUACUGCGAACCAUUUCAUAACAGUAGUGGAAGUUCAAAGCAAAAAAAAAAAAAACAAGUGAAAUGGUGGUUACUUAGGCUUGUGUCCAGCGAUACCAUACUUUGA